AUGAGGACUCAAAAAGGAAGAGCGGUUGCAUUUUUCCGGGCGCUGUGGCUGCUCUGUGUCGCUGUUUUGUGGAAUGAAGCAGACGCGCAGCUCCGCUACACGAUUGCAGAAGAGCUCAAGGAGGGUUCCGUUGUUGGAAAUAUAGCAAAGGAUCUGGGUAUUUCUGUAUCUGAGAUCUCGGAGAGAAAAUUGCGCAUAGAGUCUGAAUCCGGUAAGCAGUAUUUCAGCUUGGAUUUAGGAGACGGCGAGCUGAUUGUGAAGGAUGUAAUAAACAGAGAGAGUCUAUGCGGACAAAGCAGCAGUUGUGUGCUCCCGCUGCAAAUCAUAAUUGAGGAUCCGCUUCAGUUUUACCGCGUGGAAGUCGAAAUACAGGAUAUAAAUGACAACUCUCCACGUUUUCACGCGGACACAAACGUCGUAGACGUGCCAGAGUCGACACCGACAGGAGCUAAAUUUCGUUUAGAGCCUGCUCAAGACCCGGAUGUUGGCUCAAACUCGAUACGGACGUAUGCGCUAAAUAAAAACGAACACUUUGUACUUAACAUUAAGGAUAACAAAGAUGGAACAAAAAUCCCGGAACUUGUGCUGCAGAUAGCGUUUGACAGGGAAAAACAGGCGGUUCAUCAGCUUAUUCUGACAGCAAUCGAUGGCGGAAAUCCGGUCAGAUCGGGGAGUGCUGAAAUUACAGUAAGGAUACUAGAUAACAAUGACAAUGCCCCUGUAUUUGAUCAAGAUUUAUAUGAGAUUAAAGUAAUGGAGAACUGCGCUCCAGGUACUCUGAUAUUAACUGUAAAAGCAAAUGAUUCGGAUGAAGGGACGAACAGUGAAAUAGAGUACUCAUUUGGGGCACACACAUCAGAAGCUAUUCAAAAUAUUUUCACAAUCAAUUCAGGGACAGGCGAAUUAACAGUGUUAAAACAUUUGGAUUAUGAAAGCAGUACAUCAUACGAAUUUGAUAUACGAGCCAGAGACAAAGGGACUCCUGUCAUGGAGGGGCAUUGUAGAGUUCAGGUAGCAGUUGUGGAUGUGAAUGAUAACGCUCCAGAAAUCAUCAUCGCCUCCUCACCUAAACCUGUGCGAGAGGACGCGUCUUCUGGCACCAUGGUAGCGCUGAUAAACGUUAAAGAUUUGGAUUCGGGUGAUAACGGAAACGUAACUUUGACCAUGUCCGGUAAUCACCCUUUCAAAUUAAAACCAACGUUUUCUAAUCAUUACGCGCUGGUUACAGACGCGAAACUGGAUCGAGAGACGUUUCCAGAAUAUAAUAUUGAACUCAAAGCCUGUGACUCUGGAUCGCCACCCUUGUUAACAAGCAAAAUUGUCAGAGUAAUGAUAUUAGAUGCAAACGACAACGCGCCUGUUUUUUCGAUGCCCGUGUACUUGGUUUAUAUGAAAGAAAACACCACACCAGGAUCAAUUCUAUCGACUGUAUCUGCCUCGGAUUUAGACACGGGAGAAAACGCUAAGAUAACCUAUUCAGUUGUUGGUUCAAGUCAAGACAUGCCUGUCUCGUCGUAUGUCUACAUUAACUCAGACAACGGGAGCAUUUUUAGCAUGCACUCGUUUGAUUAUGAGAAGAUGAAAGUGUUUCAUUUCCAAGUCCAGGCGAAAGAUCACGGCUCUCCGUCUCUGAGCAGCAACGCCACGGUUCAUGUUUUUAUCGUGGACCUGAACGACAACGCCCCCACUAUCAUUUACCCCUCCGCACUCAUGCGCUCUGUGCCUCAUCAGAGGAUGCCCCGCUCCGCUAAAGCAGGACACCUCGUUACUAAAGUCACAGCAGUGGACGCUGACUCAGGUCAUAACGCCUGGAUUUCCUAUCGGCUAGCGGAGGCCACGGACGCGUCUCUGUUCACUGUCACUUUACAUACAGGAGAGGUGAGGACUAAGCGCUCUGUUUCAGAGCAGGACGACUCCUCUCAGAGACUGCUCAUAGAGAUAAAGGACAACGGAGAACCGCUGCAGUCCACCACAGUCACUGUGGAUAUACUGAUAGAGGACGGCUUUCAUGAACCAAUCGCAGACUUUAGAUACAAACACACAGAACCUGAGAAGAAAAAUAGCAAAAUCACAUUAUAUCUCAUCAUUUCUCUUGCCUCCGUGUCAUUGUUGUGUUUGGUGACAUUUUUGGUCUUGUUGGUAAAAUGCGCUCGAAGCAGUAGAGGCAGCUCGAGCUGCUGUAUCAGACGGAGCGAUUGUGAAUAUAAAAACCCCAACAGAAACCUGCAGAUCCAGCUCAACACUGACGGACCCAUUAAAUAUGUGGAGGUGCUGGGAGGAGACAUGAUGUCUCAGAGUCAGUCCUUCGGCUCGUAUCUCUCUCCAAUGUCCGAAUUCAGUGAUUUCACCCUCGUUAAGCCCAGCAGCACCACAGACUUUACAAACACUCUGAGCGUGCUCGAUGCGUCUUUACCGGACAGCACAUGGACGUUUGAGUGUCAGCAGGUGAGAAAUUAUUUAAAUUUAUAUCUGAGCGAAGACAUAGCCUACAUCUGAUUAGUUAUGUAGGUAUUUUGAUCACUGUCGUUAGAGGAAGU